AUGGCCAAGUCUUCUCCUGCAUUUCUUGUCUUCCUCUGCCUUUCCAUGCUUAUCUUGUCAACCCCUGAAGUGGAUGCUGUUGCUAAGGUAUGCAUAAAAGUGUCAACCAAAACGUUGUCAACGAAUUGUCAGAAAAACGACUGCGACUGCCACUUUCACAGCCACGCAUGCAGCGAAUGGGAAGAUGGGAGCCAUGGAAAUUGCAAAACAUACCAAAUCCAGAUCGUUUGCACCUGUUACGUGAAGUGUGCUGAUACUUCAUCUACGUCAAACGCAUAUUAA